AUGGGCCUCCGAGGGGCGGAAUUCUCUCUUCGGGCGAGGACCGGCGGCGGAGGAGGGCCCUUUUUCCGGGCGGCGCCGCCGGUGCGGGCGGCGCAACAGCAGCAGAGGCCCGGCGCGGCAGGGCGGCGCAUCAACGGGCGCCCUUCGAGGAUGGUUCCUACGACGGAGCUAGCGAGGAGGAGCUCGCCCGAGGGGCCCCUCGUUGCCGUGGAACGGGUCCGCCGCCGGCCGCCGGUGCCGCCAAGCUCGGGAGAGGAAGUAAGAACGGCGGCGGCGGCGGCGGCGGUGGUGGCGUUCGGGUGGGAGCAGGGAGGGUACAAUGCCUGGCGGAGGACGGUGGAUGUAUGGAGCUUCCUCCUCACACUCAACCUCCGGGUGAAGAUGGACGCCGCCGAAUGGACGUACCGCGGGGGCUUCACAGAGGAGAAGCAGGUGAGAAAGAGCCUCACGCAUCAGUCUCUCUCUCUCUCUCUCUCUCUCUCUCUCUCUCUCUCUCUCUCUCUCUCUCUCUCGCUCGCUCUCUCUCUCUCUCCCACCGCCGCGCCUGUCGCCUUCUUCCUAUGCAUGAUGACUUCCGAGACCCCUGGAAAUCGUCGCGUUGUCCUCCGUAGACGUGGAAGUGCAUAAAAAACGUGAUUAAUUAUAGGGCGGCGGGCCGGGCCCGACAAGACAGGCCCGGGAUUGAACGGUCGGAUUAGCGUCUGAUCGACUCCGACCUCGACGUCGAUCAGGCUCACCCAUGAUCAACCGUUCUGAUGAUGGGUGGGAAGAGAGAGAGCUUCGGACUAAAAUUUUAUCAUAUAUUUAAAAAUUAUAAGCCGAUUACAUAUGUAAAUAUUUUUAUUUCUUGUUCAAUUUCCGUAUAUAUGGGGCAUACGAUUAUCUUCCUAUGUUUUGUCCUAACUGUCGCUUUCGACCAAUUGCAGAAAGCCAGGUGGCGGCGGACGGCUACGUGGCUGCGGGACUGCGUGUUGCAGCUGGGGCCCACCUUCAUCAAGCUCGGGCAGCUCUUCUCUACCAGGUCCGACCUCCUCCCCAGGGAGUACGUCGAUGAGCUCGCUAAGCUCCAGGUGAGCAAGCGACCAGUUAUCACCUUUAACGAGAUCGAGAGAGAGAGAGAGAGAGCCCUUCCGAGGGAGUUCGUCGAUGAGCUUGCCAAGCUCCAAGUUAGCAAGCGACCACUUAUCUCUUUUAGAGAGAGAGAGAGAGGGAGAGAGAGAGAAUAUAUAUAGAUAUAUAUCUAGAGAGAGAGAUAGAGACCUCCCCAGGGAGUUCGUCGAUGAACUCGCUAAGCUCCAAGUGAGCGAGCGACAAGUAAUCUUUUUAGAGAGAGAUGGGUCGUUGACGUCCUUGCCUUUUGGAAAUGGUGGGACGAUCCGCAGGACCGGGUGCCCGCGUUCUCGCCGGCCAGGGCGAGGGGUUACAUAGAGGCCGAGCUCGGCGCCCCCAUCAACGUGCUAUUCAAGGAAUUCGAAGACCGGCCGAUCGCCGCCGCUAGUCUCGGCCAGGUAGCCCCCUCUACACCGCAUCAUCUCUCAUUUCUUGAUGAUCUCAUUCUCUAUGCAAGCACUUAAUCGCAACUAUUUUCCUAUAUUUUACCGCUCACUUUUUUCAUAGAAACUUUCCGGUAAUUAUUUAAUUAUUUACCAAUAAUUAAGCGCGGACGGAAUUUUCAUUAUUUUCAUGGAAACUCUCCGUCUUCCUUGAGCAUAGAGCAGGCAAUUUUUCAUUAGUUCGUCAGAUGAAUUAUAUUUUUAAAAAAAAUAUUAUCAAUGUAGACUGAUUAUCUUGCUUCUCCCUGAUGUACCCAAAUAUAUUGGUUUGAUUUUUUUUUUACUUAGGUGCAUCGUGCUACUCUGCACAAUGGAGAGAAGGUGGUGGUCAAGGUCCAAAGGCCUGGUCUGAAGAAGCUGUUCGACAUAGAUCUAAGUAUGGGAUCAAUUAAUCACUAUAUGCGACCUAACAACAUUAUACGAAAAAAAAUCGAUUUUUUGUAAUUAAAUGGAUAAGAUUCAUUUAUGUAAAAUGCUUGCUCAUCUAUGAACUUUUUUUAUUUUUUCCGAUGCAUUUCUCAUUUCGGUUUUGAUCUGGAAGUUAUAAGAUGAUAUGAUAUUUUGCUAAGAUCUGCGUUUUGAUUUUCUCUAGGAAACCUAAAAAUUGUAACCGAGUACUUUCAGAGAAGUGAAGCAUUUGGAGGGCCAAAGAGGGAUUGGGUUGCAAUAUACGACGAAUGUUCAAAGUAAGUCUUAGAUCCAUACUAUCUCAAUGAUGGUGAUUCCGAGAACAUCCUGGAAAUGGUUUUUUUUUAAUGCAACAUAAUAAUUAUUAAUCAAUUUCCUUUUUUUCCUUAUUUGCUUGAUCAUGUUUCUAUGACAUGAGCUCCCAUGAUCAUGUUCCAUGAUUUCUAACCCAAUGCUGGUGAUUAUGAGAACAACCUGGAAAUGGGUUUUUUUUAAUGCAAUAUAAUAAUUAUUAAUCAAUUUCCUCUUUUUUUUCCUUAUUUACGUGACCAUGUUUCUAUGACAGAAGCCCCCAUGAUUAUGCUCCUUGAUUUCUAUCCCAAUGCUGGUGAUUUUGAGAACAGUCUGAAAAUGGGUUUUUUUUAAUCCAACAUAAUAAUUAUUGAUCAUUUUCCCCUUUUUCCUUAUUUACUCGAUCAUGAUUCUAUGACAUGAACCCCCAUGAUCAUGUUCUUGCAUCUUAUUUUUUUAUUUUUUUGAAGGGUUUUGUAUGAAGAAAUUGAUUACAUCAACGAGGGAAAGAACGCAGAUAGAUUUCGUCGAGAUUUCAGAAAUGUAAAGUGGGUCCGAGUGCCAGUAAGUUCUUCUCAACGAUUGCGCCAAUUUUUAUUUUUAUUUUCUGAAAAAUAAUUUCAUCCUAAUCGAUCAUCCUCUUUCUUUUCUUAGCUUGUUCUAUGGGAAUACACAUCAAGAAAAGUAUUGACUCUCGAGUACGUCCCAGGUAACUAACCUGGAGUGAAUCAUAUCUCUCCUGAAAUGGGCACACAACGAAGGAAAAGAUUUGAUCAAUGUUCUUGCAUGUUCUUUACUAGAUUCAGCAAUUUUUCUGUGGGCAGGAAUAAAAAUAACUGAUCUGGAUAAGAUAGAUGCCAGAGGCUAUCGCCGUUCUAAGAUCGCUUCAAAUGCAAUAGAAUCAUACCUGAUCCAGGUAAACUCCACAUCUUUCUAAAAAUAAUUUUCUGUAGAUAUUUUCUGACCUUAUUAUUAUAAUUUAUCGAUAUUAUUAGUAAUAAUGAUUAAAUAAGCUACGAAUGUCAGUUCACUUACCUUCUCAAUUGGGUUCGGGGUUGAUGUAGAUAUUGAAGGCUGGUUUCUUCCACGCCGAUCCGCAUCCUGGAAAUCUUGCUAUCGAUGGGGAUGGAUCUCUCGUGUACUAUGACUUUGGAAUGAUGGGUGAGAUCAAAUCGUUCACGCAAGAGAGACUGCUGGAGCUGUUCUUUGCAGUGUACGAGAAAGAUACUAAGAAGGUUCGUCACUGUUAGCAUUGUUCAUUGCUACCACAGAAAAUCAGAGGUGAUAUAUAUGAAGAAAUUUUAUGAACAAUAUAAUCGGACUUGAGGAACGUGCAAUAUUUUUUAUCAUUAUGACCCAUGAUAAUCAACACGGAUAAAUUAUGAUUUUGUGCAGUAAAAUGUCCAUAAAUCAAGGGAAAGAUUAACAGACCUUGACCAAAGUCUGUGAUUGUUAUGAGUAUCCUCAUAUUAGUUCUUAUAUAUAAAAAUAUAUAUGAUUAUAUUGAUAAAAGGUGCAAAAAUAGGUUUGCAACGAUAAUUUUAUAAAAUAAAUAUGAAUAUGUGUUCUAAGGGGGAAUAACACGGCCGCAUCAAUGCAGGUGUUGAGAAGUCUCAUUGAUCUGGAAGUGCUUCAACCAACUGGAGACAUGACAUCAGUCAGUGCCUCUGCAGCUUAUUUUCCGUUUAGUAGAGAGAAGUCUGGGCAAAUAUCGGAUGAUGAUAUAAGUUUUGAAUGCUUAGGUGCGGAGAACUGUGCAAUUCUUCAUGGACAAUUUAAUGAACCAAAGGCCGGAUCAGGCGCAGACUGUGGCUGCAAUCGGUGAGGUCAGUCAAGUUUUUUUUUUGUUUUCUAAAAAAUAACUAAAAUAGUGAAUAAUUAAAUUUUAAUAUGCCCUCAUGAACUAUAGAUUAUUAGGAUAUGAUGAUUGAUAUCUUGGUAAAUCAUGGGGACUAUGUUUUGCAGGAUUUGUUUGCAAUAGCCUCUGACAAGCCGAUUUCAUUUCCUUCCACUUUCACCUUUGUGAUGAAGGCAUUCACAACCAUUGAAGGUCAGUUCUCACUUCAAUGCAUGAAAUAUUAUGUUCCUAACUUGUGGGCAGACUUCUUUAGAUGUUGGCUCUAUUGGUGGAAUAAGCACAGGAAAAUAUUGCAUUAUAGGGAAAGGGAAAAAGUAUUCCUUCCAUGUUCCUUUCAAUGAAUGUAUAAAAUGAAUAAUAUUUAAAAAAUCAAUCAAUUUUCUCUAAUUUUUAAUAAAUUAGCAUACAUUGCAUAAGUUCCAUGGUAAGUCGGUGUAAAUUGUCGAAUACAGAAUUAUAGACGAUGGGUAUGGAUCGUAUUGGAUGAAAAAAAAACCCUACCUUGAAGGGAAAGGAAGCAUCUGUGGGUUCACAAGGUAAGUGAAUAGGUCAGUAAGACCAUGAAGAUGGCAAGCUAAUAUGUUCAAAUGUUCGAGUGAAAGGGCUCUGGUCAAGGGUACCAAGCCGUAUAAGUCAAGGGGAAUACGCAACGAAGGAAUAAAAGAAAUUGAACAAGUUCAAGGGGGUAUGAAUGGAAUUACGAGGCACUGCUCUUGGUCUGUGCGCACAACUUACAGUGGUACAUUUAUGAGGAUGAUGACGUGAUCAGACAGUAGAUAAUUAUUAUCCAAUUAGAUAGUGGAUAUCGAUGCUCAUGAUCAGAAAAUAAGAAAAACACUAAACAAGAGGAGCUGAAACAAGAUUCAACAGGUCCAACAGCAUCAGAUUCUCAAGAUUAUGCCUUGUGUUCCAGAUCAAUGUUAUAUGUUGAUGGAACAGAAAUUUUCUUUCAUCAUCUCUCUAUUACCAAGGUUUUGGUUCUUAUCACUAUGAAUGGUCUCAAAUAAGUGGUUGAUAGCUAAUCAAAGUCAAUUUACCCAUGAAUUUUCUCCUCAACAGGCAUUGGGUACAUUCUAGAUCCAGAAUUUUCCUUUGCAAGAGUCGCCGCACCUUAUGUGCAGGUAUGUGCUGAUUUAAGCCAUUGAUGCUAUCUUUCGUGGUAUAUUGUCACAGAAAAGCUAAUUUACCAUACAUAUAUACAUACAUGGUUGAAAUGCAGGAGCUGAUAGACACAAGACAGAAACAACGCAGUGGAGCAGAACUGGUGGAGGAGAUAAGACGGCAAACGAAUGACGUACCGACUUUGAACUCCAUCUCUUCCUGUCCUUCAUCUUUGUGUUCGCUUCAAUAUUGAGAACAACUGAUAGAUAAACCUGCAGAGUCUAGGGCGUUAUGAAAGGCAGCAUACUCUAGUAGUAAAUAUUUCAUGGAUUAUCCUCUCUCUUUUUUUUUCUGAUUCUGGUCAAAGAUAAUAAGAAUUGUUGGCUCAUCACCCAGGUUUACAGACUUAUGUUGCUUGGUUGCAGGCCAGAAAUUACACUCUCUCCAUGCCCUACAGAAUCCAGCAAAUAGAAGAGUUUAUAAGACAGCUAGAGUCUGGUGACUUGAAACUGAGAGUCAGAGUACUUGAGGUAUGCUCCCCAUCUAUUCUCUCAUCAGCCAGUCUGCCUAACAGAACCUGUAUGACUUCAGAGGAUAGAUCUUUCCAAAGUUAGAAGAAACGUAGCUCUUCUAUCAGGUUUUUCUAGUCUUGUUGAUCUUAUCCUGAAUGAGUAAAUGAAAUCUACUUUCAGUCCGAAAGAGCGGCUCAGAAGGCAUCAAUCAUGCAAAUGGCUACUAUUUAUACAGUUUUGGGAGGAACACUGCUGCAUAUUGGAGUCACAAUAAGCAGCCAAGGCAUCCCCGAUAUUGCUAAUGGAACUUUCAUUGGUGCUGGUGAGUAUUUUGCAUAUCUAACUGGAUCACUUGCUCUGAUUCAAACCCAUCAAGAGUCGGCUUAUAAGAUAAUGUUCACACCAUUGACAGCAUAUUGGGCUUAAGAAAAUCUAACAAUGAUGUGUGUAGGGCACCAAGACUUAAUAUUUAAUGAUCAAUGACUAAAGGUUGGUGUGUACCAUUUCGUGUUCAAUGUCUGGUACAGUUGAGAUAAGAGUGAUGAUACAGGCUUGUAUUCAUAGCGGUUAGAGUGGAAAAAUCAACCCAUUGAAUGAAUCGUAAAAGAUUUCAAGUAUUUUCCAGAGCUGAUGAAUUUUCAAUGUUUUUCCCCACGAUGCUGACAUUAUAUGAAUGCUAGUGACUAAUUUUUGAAUUAUGGCAUGCAGGUAUAAUGUUGGUUAUGUCAAUUAGAUCUAUGCGAAGAAUACAGAAGCUCAACAAAAUCGAGAAGAUGUUCUGA